AUAUCUUUAAUUUACAUCUUCAUGAUGUUAAGAUUUGCGGGAAAAUGUAUUCAUUAUCUCACCAACGAUGUCCCUGAACUUGUUCAUAUAAGAGCAAUAUUUGUAAUCUCCAUUCUAGUAUUCAAACAGUCCUUUUUUCCACAUCAUCAACUUCUUACUAAUCUUUCUUUCAAUCACUUGCUCAUUUUGGCCUUUUUAACCAUCUUGAUUAUCCUCACACUAUAUUCCUUCAACAAGCCUCGAGCAAUCUACCUCGUCGACUUUGCUUGUUUCAAGCCAUCUUUUGUUUACCGGGUACCAUUUGCCACGUUGACAGAACAUGCCCGAAUUACCUUAACCUCAGAGCCCAAGAGCAUCGCCUUCGGACUUAAGAUCUUAGAAAGGUCUGGUUUGGGUGAAGAAACGUGUGUACCAGAGCCGUUACACUAUUUGCCACCAGACCCUAACAUGAUGGAUGCUAGAAAUGAGUCUUAUUUGGUCAUUUUCUCUGCUAUGGACUCUUUGUUACAACAAACUGGGAUUAACCCAUCAGAAAUCGAUAUUUUGAUAUUAAAUUGUAGUCUCUUUGCACCAACUCCAUCACUUUCGGCUAUGAUAGUUAACAAGUAUAACAUGAGAGAUAACAUUAAGAGUUAUAACUUGUCCGGAAUGGGAUGUAGCGCGGGUUUAAUAUCUCUAGAUUUAGCGAAAUUCCUACUCCGGGUCCACCCUAACUCGAGUGUAGUUUUGAUAAGUACCGAAAUACUUACCAAAGAUCCUUACAAGGGUAAAGAUAGAUCAAUGCUUCUUCCAAAUGUUCUUUUCAGAAUGGGAGGUGCAGCAAUCCUCUUAACCAAUAAAAAGUCAUUUCAUAAAUAUGCAAAGUACCAUCUUUUACAUGUGGUUCGGACCCAUAAAGGGUCAAACGAUAAAUCCUACCGUUGUGUCUCACUAGAAGAAGACAAUGAAGGACAUAGCGGGGUUAGGCUAAAUCUGGAUCUUCUUGCAGUCGCAGAAGCAUCUUUGAAGUCAAACAUCGUCACCAUUGGACCAUUGGUUCUGCCAGCAUCAGAGCAACUCUUGUUUGUUUUCAAUCUAUUAGGAAGAAAGUUUCUUAAGCUUGAUAGGAAACCAUACAUUCCUGACUUCAAGAAGGCUUUCGAUCAUUUCUGUAUUCACGCCGGUGGAAGGUUGAUUAUCGACGAGAUUCAAAAGAGUCUAAGGUUAUCGGAUGAGCACGUUGAAGCAUCAAGGAUGACGUUGCACCGGUUUGGGAACACAUCUUCGUCUUCAUUGUGGUAUGAAUUGGGUUAUAUUGAAGCGAAAGGGAGAAUGAAGAAAGGAGAUAGAGUUUGGCAAAUUGGAUUUGGAAGUGGAUUCAAAUGUAACAGUGCAGUUUGGGAAUGCAACAAAGAUAUUCAACCAACAAAAAAUGGUGCAUGGGCUGAUUGCAUCCACAAGUACCCUGUAUUCCAGCCAGAAGUUGUCAAGUUCUAA